UCUUUUACUCUUGCGUAAUUGUAGAUCAUCCAAAGUUACACUCUCACAGUUUGUCGUGGUGAUUUUAGAUCAUCACCCAAUACUGUUUUCUAUUUUUGUUUUUUUGUGAUCGCUGGAAAGUUUUCGGUCAAAACCAAAGAUUUUGACAAUCAAUUCUUCAAAUGUCAUAAAGGUUUUGGCUUUCCCUUCUAAAAGUCUCAUAGCUCAUGAUCUCCUUGAAGGUUUAUAUUUUUCUGAUCGUUUAUUAAGAGAUACCCAGAAAACCAUUGGGAUUUUCUUUCGAGAGUUCCAUCGUUAACGCCAUGAUUUGCUCUGUGAGACAAUCUGUUACGAAGACGAUCAAUGGUUCCGAUUUUUUUCUCCGGGAGAGGUCUCCGGCACAGCCGCUUCAGCGAUCCUCGCUGUUUUUUCCGGCGCUGCAGAAACCGCAGCGAUUCGCUGUAUCAGUUUCGAAGCCUUUGCAUGUAUCCUCGGUUGAGAAUCUGAGUUUGAAAGGUCCGAGAGACUCGGUCAUAUGCGAGGCUUACGAGGCGGCGGACAGCUCGAGGCCGGUCGAGCAGGAGGCGAAAUCGGAGGCGGCGAAGAAGGUGAAGAUCGGAGUGUAUUUCGCGACAUGGUGGGCUUUGAAUGUGGUGUUUAAUAUCUACAACAAGAAGGUUCUGAAUGUGUACCCGUACCCAUGGCUGACCUCGACACUCUCGCUUGCGUGUGGUUCUCUAAUGAUGCUGAUCUCCUGGGCCACGAGGAUCGCCGAGGCGCCGAAGACUGAUUUUGAGUUCUGGAAGACUUUGUUUCCGGUUGCAGUGGCGCAUACAAUUGGGCAUGUUGCGGCAACUGUGAGUAUGUCAAAGGUUGCUGUUUCAUUCACCCAUAUCAUCAAGAGCGGUGAGCCUGCUUUCAGUGUAUUGGUUUCGAGGUUCCUAUUGGGCGAGAGCUUCCCGGUGCCAGUUUACCUGUCACUUAUUCCCAUCAUCGGUGGUUGUGCUCUUGCUGCCGUGACUGAGCUCAACUUCAACAUGAUUGGUUUUAUGGGGGCUAUGAUAUCAAACUUGGCGUUUGUCUUCCGGAACAUAUUUUCGAAGAAGGGCAUGAAGGGGAAGUCUGUCAGUGGAAUGAACUAUUAUGCUUGUCUGUCUCUGUUGUCCCUUUUAAUUCUCACACCAUUUGCUAUUGCUGUGGAGGGACCGCAGAUGUGGGCAGCUGGUUGGCAAACAACCAUGUCUCAGAUCGGACCCCAGUUCGUAUGGUGGCUGGCAGCCCAGAGUGUUUUCUAUCAUCUCUACAACCAGGUGUCAUACAUGUCCCUCGACCAGAUCUCUCCCUUGACAUUUAGUAUUGGAAACACCAUGAAACGAAUAUCUGUCAUAGUCUCUUCAAUCAUCAUCUUCCACACGCCGGUUCAGCCCAUCAAUGCACUUGGAGCUGCCAUUGCAAUCCUUGGAACCUUCUUGUAUUCCCAGGCAAAGCAGUAAGAAUCCCCGGGUUCUAAAAUCAGACUCAUUAUGUAACAUAAAAUAAACGAUGGAAGAGAAUGGCUUCAAAAUCUGCUCCUGCAGAUGAGAGCUGCUUUCAGAAUCUCCAUGGCUGCUAUUGGAUUUUGUUUUUGUUUUUGUUUUCUUAUUCAGAUGAAAAUAGAGUUGGUCUUGUUGUAGUUAAUGAUAAUUAUAGUUCGAGACGUAUUGUUUGCACGGGGUAACGGGGUUUCUUAGGAAAGUUUUUGAAUAAAACAAGGAAAAUGCCCCAAUCCUUGUCUGUUUUGAGAAACGAUAAUAUGGCAAUUUGCACUUGGAUUUGU